GUUUGUUAUUCGGUUUCAUAUGUUUGUUGUCAAUUUUAUUAGAGGAGUUUUUAUGUAAAAAUCUAUCUUUUCUUUGAUGUUUGUUCAUUUAAAUGGAUAACCAUGAAUCACUUGGUUAAUUUAAAUUUUCCUUCAGCUUUUGACAAAUCAAAAGCUGAUCCACCGAGUUUGGUUGCAGCUCCAGAGGAAGAAGACUCGGACAAUGAUGAACCUCUUUUAAGUGGUUCAGGUGAGGUGUCUAAGGAAUGUAGUGAAGUUGAAUUGCAAGGAUGGGCCGAUGUUCUUGCCAAAUGGAGAAAAGAUCUUAAUCAACGACCCAAAGGCCUAGCAGAAUUGGUUAAAAGAGGUGUACCAGAAGCCUUAAGAGGUGAAGUGUGGCAAUUAUUAGCUUGUUGUCAAGAUGACUUAGCUCUUAUGGAAGAGUAUAGAGUUUUAAUCACAAAGGAAACUCCAUUUGAACUUUUUAUCCGUAAAGAUACAAACAGAACAUUCCCCGCCAAUGAGUAUUUCAAGGAAUCUGGUUCAUCUGGACAAGAUUCACUUUAUCGGUUGUGUAAAGCAUAUUCAAUUUAUGAUCAAGAGAUUGGUUAUUGUCAAGGAUUAACUUUCAUGACGGCAGCUUUGCUUCUUCAUAUGCCAGAGGAACAAGCAUUCUGUCUUCUGGUCAAAAUCAUGAACCAAUAUGGUGUUCGUAAUUUAUUCCGUUCUGGUUUUGAGGAGUUACAGCUACGAUUUUAUCAACUAGAGAGAAUAAUGGAAGAUUUUAUUCCUGAUUUACACCAACAUUUCGUUGCAUCUGGUAUUGAAGCUCACAUGUACGCCUCCCAAUGGUUUUUAACGCUUUUCAGUGCUAAAUUUCCUCUUCAUGUUGUAUUUUAUAUACUUGACUUAUUUUUACUCCAAGGAAUGGAGACCAUUUUUCAAGUUGCCAUUGCCCUUCUACUAUUAUCCCGAAAAGAGCUUCUUUUACUCGAUUUUGAAGGAGUACUUAAACACUUUCGUGUGCAUUUACCUAAAAGAUAUAGAGUUGAAGAAAACGCUCGUAUCCUUUUACAAACAGCUGUUAAUGUUAAAAUCAAAAAGUUGGGACCGGAGUAAAAGGCGAAUACCCGG